UCGAAAACAAAGAUGGCGGAUCGAUUGCUUGGAUUCCUGUAAACAAUCUGCAACAUGGCAAAAUAAAGUUUGCUUACUAAUUUCUUGCAGAAAAUGGCAACGUUGUUGAACACCACAACAUCUAAAGGAGCAGGAAAUUACAUCGGCGAAACCAAAAAGCAGCUCAGAGAUGGUAAAAACGUUCGCUUUUUAUCCCUUUAAUUUUACCAAGAGCUACACGAAACAUCAACAAUCACGAUUUAUUUUCUAAUUAUGUUAUGCUAUUUUUAAGGAUUUGGAGUAUACAAUUAUUCCAACAAGUUCUUCAGAUACGAGGGGGAAUGGAGCAAAGGGAAAAAACAUGGUAGGAUUUAACUGAAUAAAUCAUUAUGUUAACCUUUUUUUUACUGUACGUACAUGGAUGCAAAUAAGCUUGUUUCUCAAAAUUUGGGUUUUUAUUACACCUUUUUCGGUGGAUUUAAAUACAAUAUAGAUUUCUCUAAGUCUUUAACUGUUAAAAAAUUCAAAUAAAUUGAUGAUCACGCAAUUAUUCAAAUGGUAUUCUGAAAAUAUACUUCUAAAUCUUUUGAAGGUCAUGGUAAGCUUGUGAUGGCUGAUGGCAGCUUCUAUGAAGGACAGUUCAUUGACGGGGAAAUCCAGGGGCAUGGAUUCCGCCGCUGGGCUAGUACAGGGAAUGAAUAUACUGGACAGUUUGUUAAAGGUGAACUGAAUGGCCAUGGAGUAAUGGUAUAUGGCGAUGGAUCACGAUAUGAAGGAGAAUGGAUUGAAAAUCGGCGGGAAGGUAAAUCUAAUAUCACGAUAAGAUGAAUCGUAUAUGGAUUUUGCUUGGUUCUUCUUAUGACCUAUUGGAGGAAAGACGCAAAGAUGAUGUCACCAUCCUUUUCCUUUUUAUAUGAAACAAACAGAUUCCAUGUUGCCCUGGGUUUGUUCAGUCACUGUCAGUAAUAGAUCACAGAAGAUAUCAAAAUGUGGUAAGGACAUGUGUGAUACACUUGGUUGUACCUCAUUUGCCAUUUAUUUUGUUCUUAUCACAUUUUGAUGUCAUCUGUGAUCUAUUACUGGACAGAUACACAUGCAAAAUGGAAUCUUUUGUUAAACUGAUACUUAGUAAUGAGUUUCUAGUUACUGAUGAUUUUCAUCUCUGAAGUAGAUUCUCAAACCUUAUUAAUUGAUUAUCAUCAAUUCUUGAUCUGCAGUGUAAACACUAGGAAAGAAUUACUUGGAAUUCACCAUCUUUCCCAUUCUAUCAAUUUUUUGUCUUAGGAGAAGGUAAACUUACCAACAAAGAUGGAUCUAUCUAUGAGGGAUCUUUCCACAAACACAGAAGACAUGGUGAAGGAAAAUGGAUCCUAAGGUUUGAUAAUGCUAAUGCAAACAUAGUAAAAAUUAACCUUGUGACCCCUUAAAGUGAUUAGUGUAUAAUUUCUCCCUGUAAUAUCACCCCUAAAUCAAACAUUAAAGUUAUGAGAAUAAGGAAAUGAUCACAUACUAAAGAAGCUCUUGAUUGGUUAGGAAUUUCUCCUUGUCAGUGCCUUAAGAGAUGCAUGCAGAACACUAUAGAGAAUAUACAUACUGAUGUUAGGGUGUUAAUAGCUAAAUGUUUCUUUUAACCAGCUUGUCUUACGAAAGACAACUGCCAAAAAUCAUUGUCUUGAGUAAUUGUUAGCAAUAGGUAAUCUUGGACCUUUUCAAAUGAGUUUCAUCAAUAUACUUGGCUAAAAGAUAGAACUCCAGUUUGUUACAAAUUUGUGAGGAGAAAUUUUUUCUCAUAAAAAAAAGAGCACUUCAUAACCAAACAACUAUGAAGCAGAUUAAAUCUAUAACUCCUUGGAUCCAGUUAAUUCCCCCCUUUAGCUGCCACACAUUGCCUUGUAAAUAAGUUAUGAGAAUUUGGAUUAAGUUAGAUUAAGAAAACAACUUCUACUUGAUAAAUCUGAGUAUUCUUAAUACCUUGUUUUCUGGAUAUUGUAUGGAUAUUUUUGGGAGAACUUACAUAUUAAUCAAUUCUUGUGCAUAUUGGAGAAAAUGUUGCAAUUUUGUACUUUUCUCUUUUAUUAAUGUUUACAGCGAUGGUGAUGUUUAUGAAGGAGACUGGGUCAAUGAUUUGCGCCAAGGACAUGGAAUCAUGAAAUUUGUGGAUGGAACUAUUUAUGGGGUCAGUAAAAAAAAGUUUUUUCCCCUACCUGUGGUUGAAAUUUUCAUAAUUGUUAAAAAAAAAUUCCAACAUAUGCUGCUCUUGAUAAAAUGCCAUGGAUAAAAGAAAAAUUACCAAAAAAACCCCUCUCUUCCUUCCCUGACUAAAUGCUUCAUUUGAUCAGAAGAAUGGGAUGAGUGAAUUAUGUUUCAGAAUAUGCAGUCAGAGUUUUCAUUAUGGCUUCAAAUCUGAAUAGAAAAUAGUCCAGACCCUUGCAAUUUGGUAGGGAGGAGAAUUUUGCACUGAUAGUAGUUAAAGAAUUCUUCAAUAUCUGAUGCUUUAUGAAAAAUUGGCACUGUUGAUCUUACCUACAUUGUAUGGUUUGAGAAUAUAGCAAAUGUGUUUGUAAUAAGGACAAUGUGAUGCAGAAGAUACAAAUGAUUUUUCUUAACAUAUUACCCAAAUACCAUGCAACAAAAUUUGCGUUUAUCUAUUCCAAAUUGCUUCUAUGGGUCUUAAUUCAAUAUCAGAUCACAGAUGAUAUCCAAAUGUGGUAAGCACAAAAGAGUGACAAACAAUUGAGGCACAGCUAAGUAUUUCACAUGAAAGGUGUUCAUACCACAUUUUGACGUCAUCUGAGAUUUUUAUUGUACAGACCUACAGCAACAUGGAAUCUGUUUGGCUGCCUUUUAUGAUAAAAAUGCUAAAGGCUGUUAAUGGUGACAUCAUCUAUUCCUGGACAUGUUGACUAAAAGCUUAUUAUAUUUUAAUUUUCAUAUACUUUGUACCAUCUCAUACAGGGUCAGUGGUGGGGAGAUGUUUUCAAUGGUGAAGGAUCCAUGUUUCACAAUUCUGGUGUCUCAUAUGAAGGAAUGUGGGUUAAUGGCAGACCUGAAGGUAAAGAUUCUAAAAAACUGUUAAACCUUUAACUCCAGAGGUGACAAAGAUGUAGCUUCUUUGUACAAUAGCUAUACAUUAUCUUGCAAACAGGUAAUGAGAAUAUGCAAACUUAUCAGGUAGAGGUUGUUAUCUUGAUCUACUAGUAACACCAAAUUCUUGUUAAUAAUUUACAAGAAAAUCUGUAGCAGGUAGAGGAGAGAAUUGAAAAUCAGAUCUUAGAAGUGAAAGAGUUCGUCAAUAUCCCUAUGCUUAGUGAGCCAAUAAAAAUAUGAAUUUUUAAAAUUAAUUUAGCCUUAACCACAAAAUAUUAAUGAAAUAUUUUUGAUUUUAGUGGAGACAGUGCAGAUCCGUAUAACUGGAGAUGAUCACUUGGAAUUCACACAAGGAAGACCAUUUGGAUUUGAAGUUGAGUGUGUCACAGCUGAAGGGGAACCAACAAAUGGUUAGAAUUUAAUGUUAAUGGGAUAUAAAACAACAUUGACUAAAAUUUAAGUCAUUUUUGCUAUUGGAUACAUUAACCUCCCAACCCCUCGGAGUAACCAGUAUUUAAUUUCACCCUGCAGUGUUACCCCUGAAUUGCACAUUAACCCUUUAACUCUCAGAUCAAAUUUGUAAUUCUCCUUACUGUCAACCAUACAAUUCUUACAAUGUUUGUUCUGAGAAUUUAGUAUUGGAUCAUCUAAUUAUCCCCAAAUUUAUAUUUUUCUUUAUUCUCAUCACUCAUCUGGUUGAUGUUGUAUCGAUCUUGUAAGGAGAAAUUCUGUCUUGGUCACUCAUGGGAGUUAAAGGGUUAAAGGUCAUGAGAAGACAGGAAAUGAUCAUCAACUGGAGAAGAUCUUGAUUGGUAAACAAAUCAAGAUACAGUGGUGAUCAUUUUCUUUAUUCUCAUGACCUUAAUGUUUGAUUCAGAGGGAUACUGUAGGGAGAAACUACAUGCUAGUCACUCUUUGGGGUCAAAGCCCCUUAAUCGUGCUACAGACAUAUUCAUUUGAAUUUAAAGUAGAAUUAUUGAGAGAGAAAUGAAUUUUGUUUCAGAGGAAGGACGCUUGUUGCAGGUUACAGCUGGAAUAAGAGUUUCAUCAGGAAGGAAAUCAGCAGGUGGCAGUGAAAGUGACCUUGAUACAGUUAUGACACCAUUGUAAGUGUGAAACAAAAGCCCUUAACCCUUUACACCCUAACAUCAGUAUUCAGAUUCUCCUUAGCCUUCACUAUACAUUUCCUUUGGUACUGACAAAGAGAAUUUGUGUAAUGAUCAAAGCUUCCUAGUUUGAUGAUCAUUUCUUUUAUUCUCAUGAUCCUAAUGUAUGAUUUUGCACUAUUGUUGUAAGGAGAAAGUAGAUGCUGGUCACUUUAAGGGUUUUAGGGGUUAAAUGGUAAAUGUUUCUUGAUGAAAUUAUAAUUUCUGUGGUUCAAAUUUUUUUUCUAGCAUGUGUGUGUGUUUAUUUAAACAUCAGGUUGAUUUUUUAUUUUCCUUUGUUUUAAAUGAUGAUGACAGAUAUCUAUCUUUUGAAAGAAAAAUGAAAUUAAAACUGGUUAAACAAAUUAGAUGAAUGAUGAAUUUGAAUCAUUGGCAAUGAAAUUCUGUAGACAUUUUUAUCUGAUCCCUUUUGGAAACUUUUCUUUUAAUUUUAAAACUCUGAUGUAUGACUAUGAGUUGAGCCUGCUUUUUUAGACCCUUUUUAGUGGAAGGAGGGUGAAAAACCAUGCCCCCAAAAUGGCUGGAAAUGGAGCGUAGUUCAAUACAGUCUGUGAGGAGGCCUUCUUUAUUAGCCUUGCAGGAUGCUGGAUGCCUGCAGGAAGCUUUUAGAUGGGUCAGGAAGAGGUUGGCAAGGGGUCUGUCGCCUCAUUAUCAGUGCUAAACCCUUUAAAGGCCUCUUGUUGGUUUGCAUUGCCCAGGCCUCAUACUUUCUCAAAGGCAAAGAGACACUUAUGCUGUAGUUCUGAUAAUGAUGGCCUGCUUGCAUGCUGACUUCAAGACAUUUCUUUGACCUUUUUUAAAUAUCUUUUGUUUUCUUUUACUUUAGCGGAUUUGAAAUAGAGCCAUACCCCUUAACAGAAAUGCUUGGAGAGAUAGCAUCAAGUGAAUCUGUGUUCCCAGGAGCUGCCUCACAAGCCCCAAGUGUUAUGUCCAGCAGACCUGUCCAAGCAUCACCGCCAAAUGCAGAGGAACUUUCCAAACCCAUGGAAAAUAUUCAGGUAAAUACACUCUAAAUUGUUACACGACCUAACCCAGACCUCACUCAUGUUUUUCACUACUUUGCAACUAUUGCACCUUGUUUUAAUAACUGAACACCUGAAUCUUGAUCCACAAAUCUAAAGAUACAAAUGGCAUUACAUUUCCUGAAACUUUGAGAGCUCCCUAUAAGUAUUUCUUAAUGAAGUGUUUUAAAGGUGUUUUCCUGUUGUUAGGUAACCGAUAUGUCUGAUGUUGGAGAUAAGGAGGGCUCAUUUGUUGAGGCUCAUGGCGAAUUGCCAAGCAGAACAGCUGCACCAUCUCAAGCCAGCACCAUGAUGCCAGCGAGCUAUGACAAGAAUACAACUACUCAAGGAGAUGGGUCAUGUAAGGGGAUUUCUUUUGUAUGGGGUUCUUCAAUUGAGUGUUUAAAAUAGCCCAGGGUUGUACUGUUUUUGCUUUAUGUGAUUAGCCUGCAGUGUCCAUUUCUUCUUUUUUUCAGACAAACAUAGGCAAGCGCGCGGCGAGCGAGAGGAACGAGGGACACGCGCGAAGGGCGGGGGAUACACGCAAGGAAAAGACCUUUUUUUUUUUCCAUCAUGUUCCUCCCCUUGCGUGCGACUCGUGCGUGUCUUCGUUCGCCGUAAAACGAAAAACAUUACUCCUGUUCUACAGGCUAUUGUGUGACUGGUCAAGAAAACUUUAUAAUGCUUCUCUAGCACAUGACUUGAUAAUAUAAUAAUAAUAAUAAUAAUAGCAAAAAAUAUUUAUUGAUUUGUAUCGCGCAAAUAUUAAUUCAGGAAAGAAAUUUUAAUCUGCUCACAGAAAUUUUCAUCUGCGCAUGACUUGCCCUUUACGCGUGACUUGCCCUUUGCGCGUGACUUUCCCUUUGUGCGUGACUCUCGCAAAGCACGUACUUGCAUUUGCCUGAAAACCGCAAAAAAAUAAAAGGAAAAAAGGAGCUUUAAUCUCUUACAGAGGUAAAUUUCGGUAGUCAAUCAGAAUGCAGAUCUGAAUUUGUUUAAUCUUCCUAGUUAGAGUUUGCCAUAUGACUGAAAUAUAGAGUACGAGCAGGCGUUUAGUGUAGGCGAGUGAUUUUUGCCCGCGAGAAAGUUUAAAAGGCCUUAAAGUUGCGCGGGUCUUGCACUAAUAAUGGGUGCCAGAUCCCUCGCAGGUCUCUUGCCUGCUCGCCUCAAAUUUUCUCGCGUGCCGCAGCAUAACAACGAGGCCCUGCUCAAAGGCUAAUGAAAGUGUUUAUUUUGUUUGUUUGUUUUCACACUCAGCUGAUCCUGGUGUACUUAUGGUUCCUCCGGUGGCAGUUCUCCCUCCUCCUGUUUCUCCCGUGCGCACUACAGCAGGGAAAGCAUUGUUUGAAAAUCUCUACAUCCCACCCCUCCCCCCUGGGGUGAAACCCUUAAACAGUUUUGCUUCUCUACAGGCAUCCCCGCCGUCUGAAAUGCAAGCGGGCGUAAGAUUCGCAGAUACAAAGUACGUUAGAUACUUCCUCUUGAGAAAAUCUUUAAGAAAAGCUUUGGUGUUCCCUACCGCGCCUAAUGAUUAGUUUAAAAACUGAAAACCUAGCGAAUUCAAAUCUAAAACCAUCAUAAUUUGAUCACUCGUGUUUCCCGCGUUUCCUUAGCCUCGCUUACAGCCAUUUUAGAUUUUUACAGUAGUGGGAGGAUGGGGAAAGAAAGCAAUUUGUACCAAGGGGGCGAGUGACGGUCAAAAGGAAUGAGAGGAGAGGGGUGGGGCAAUUUCUUUUUUUUUUAUAGCGCUUUUCACGAGAACUAUCGUAGUACUUGUAUAGAGAUAUUGUGAAAAGCUGAAAUCUGCUUAAAGAUCACUUUUAAGUUUUUAAUUCGCAAUCCUUGCUAAUCGAUCGUCUCCUUCCUUGGCCGUAGUGGUUUAUGGUUCCCAUUUUGAUAUUUUUUCUAUCUUAUCGAAAUAGUAUUUUAUACUUUUCUGUAUAAAAUCGUAACGUAGCUUCCAUUUAUUUCAGAUCAAAGGACAAGCGUAGUUCUUUACUGAACGCGAACUUGCUCAAAGUUGUCAACCGAAGUGUUCCCUCGUCGGCAGUUUCAGACGGAAGGAAGAAGAAAGAAGCCUUAGCUGAUGUGGUGGACAAAGUAGACGGGAAAAGGAAGAAGGAAAAGAAAGAGGAAAAAGAUGACAAAUUUUGUAAACCUGGUUAGUUAAAUGGCCUCGUCUCCGGUUCUACAGAGCUUUUUUCAAUGAAGUUGAUUCUUUUAAAAAAAGAUAGCUAAUUGAAAGUGAUUACAAUAACACUCCGACCAAUAAGAAGAUAGGAAAUAUCUCAAAGAACCAAUGAGGACUCAGAGAAAAAAACCGCGGGAAAAAGCGGGUGACUAAGUCGCGGUCGGCCCUAGCUUUGCAUCUGAUUGGUUGAAAUGGUGGCGGGUUUUUUUCUCAGACCAAUCACAGAGCGUAGUUACGCGCGACGAACCAAUCAAGACCAACAUUAGUAACGCUUCGUUUUUAAUAGUAACCUAACCUUCUUUUUUUCUAGUCUGGCUCCAGGUUUCCGUAAAACGGUGAAGAGACUAUUUUUCUUUUUGCCUUUCCACAGGUGACUAUGUAAUAAUCGUUGAAGACGUAACAUCGCCACCAUUCCUCGACGUCACGCUAACUCCUGCGUUUCUUCACGUCAAAGUCACCCAGAAGAAAAGGGCGCAAAGUAAAAGAGAAUCGAGAAGAAACUAAAUCGAACAAUUUAUGGAUGCACGUUUUGCAGGAAGGUUGUAACUUAUUGAAUUUUGAGCUUUCCGUUCGUGGCUUCGUGUGGAUCACAGAGAGUGGAUGAAAACACACCAAUAAUGGUGACGAGGAGAAGGGGAAAAACAACCAGUGGAGCGGGGAACUUUUCUGGAGGAGGUGGAAAGUUAAGGGGCUCCCUCACCCCUCCCCGUACCUUUGACGCCUCCCUCCCCCCCCCCC